AUGGAUGAGUCGUACAACAACAGCACGUCGCUGGUGAAGGGCGCCAAGGACAUCGCCAAAGAGGCCAAACGCCACGCCGCCAAGAAGGUCAGCAAGGUCGUGAACCGCGCCGCAGACGAGUACUCCUCCCAACGCAACUACAGCCAGUUCCAGAACGAGGACGAAGACGAUGACGACAGAUGCUACGCCUACACGCAGCCCGACGGCAACGGCCACUUUCCCAGUAGCCGCACCGCCAACGACGAAGACGGGGAAGACUAUGCCAGUGAUGCCACGGAGGGUCACGAUGAUGAAGAUGAGAUCUACGAGGGGGAGUACCAGGGUGUACCUUCUUACACUGAUGCGAAGCCCAGGGAUGGACAGGUUUCUCUGGGUCAACCUGUCUCAGACAGCCUGAGGGACCGUAAGGAGCUGGAGCUGGAGAGGCAGGCGGACGAGGAGGAGCUGGCCCAGCAGUAUGAGCUGAUCAUGCAGGAGUGUUGCCACGGCAGGUUCCAGUGGCAGUUGUUCUUCGUGCUGGGCAUGGCGCUGAUGUCAGAUGGCGUGGAGGUGUUCGUGGUGGGGUUUGUCCUGCCCAGCGCCGAGAUUGACAUGUGUGUCCCAAAUUCUGGAGCUGGGUGGCUAGGUAAGGAAGAGAAUGUGUGUGUGCGUGUGUGUGUGGUGUGUUUGUGUUGGUAGAAACAGGGGAAGUGAGGACGUUGGAUGACAUUUACAACUGUAUUCUCAUUACGUUAGAACAGGUUGGGUUGACAUGGCACCAAGUAUUUGGAUGCCUGAGUAGGAAGUGUUGUCUCUUCCACUGCACUAAAGAGCUGUGUGUGCUGUAAGUGUCUACAGAACCAAAAAUUCCAAGGCCACACAAACCCAGAUGCAGUUAACAUGUUUUCUUGCUCACUUUUACUGUUUGUCACCAUCAUCAUUAGUGGUAGUGGUGACUCACAGAGGAACUGGUGCAUUCAGCAGACCUCUUCAAUCACAGACCACACUCGCAUGCGUGUGCUUGUGCGUGUGUGUAUGUGUGUGUGUGUGCGCAGGCAUUGGGACCCUGAAUUAUCCUUCCGGUGCAGUGUAGGUCUGAUUGACCUGCCUCAUCAUGGCUCUGUAUGAAGGUCAUCCACACUGUUAGUGGAGAAGAGCUCCUAAUUGACUGUCUGGUUAAGAAGAGAGCGAAAUGGAGACAGUCAGAGAGAGAGAGAAAGAGAGAGAAAGAGAGAGGGAGUGAUAGAGAGAGUCAGAGAGAGAGAGAGCGAGAGAGAGAGAGAAAGAGAAACAGUGCCGAUUUAUAUAGUUCUGAAAGAGGCAUAAUGACUGACACCAGCGGGAAAACACCUUUCUUUUACUUGCUUUUCUUCAUUCUUUCUAUCCAUUCCCAUCCCUCUCUCUUUGUUACCUCCCUCUAUCUCUUCUGCUUCCUCUUUCUAGCCCAUGACCUCUCUAUUACGUCCCCCCCCUGUUUAUCAUUGCUGUGGGGUGAUGGGGAGAUAUGAUUGUGAGGUAGUAUAAUCUCUGCAGCAUUAUGCCUCUCUGCAGUUUAACCAUGCUAAGCUGUCUCAGGUACACCCACAGCAGCGUUUCCACAGGGGCUAAAGGGGCUUAGCCCCAUCAGUUCAAACGUGUGCCCCCUCAGUUUUACUUUUAUGUCCAUAUAUAAAAAUAGUAAAAAAGUUAAAAUUAUUGAGUGACAGAAAAUCUGUAUCUCUGCUGUGCUGUGUCAGCACAAUGGACAGAUAGCGCUGCAGUGUGUGUAAGAGGGCUAUGGAAAGCCACGGGGGCAGUUAGGUAUGACUCCUUUGGGUUUCCAUACAAAGCGGGGAAAAAAUGCUUCUCAUCUCUGUGGUAGGCUAAGUGAAUAAUGUGAUAACGUGAUACGCCUCAGCCUGUAUUUAGAUUUAGAUUUAUAAGGGCGGGGUCAAGUUUUAAGGGCGCUGGUGAGGACGCCGUGUUGGAUGCUGAACUGUCUCCUUCCUGCUCCUCUGCUCUUCCUAUGGGAGUGUACAUUUGUAAAUAUCAACUUUACCUUUGAAACACCAGCGCUGUGUAAAUAAAUCCAACACUCAUUUGCACCUCUAACUGCCUGCCUCCUGCUGAAUCUUUGUCCUUACGACUGCUAGAAGGCCCCUAUUUUAUGCUGACAUAGCGCAGAUUUUGCGGCAACCUGUCACUUCAAAAGCACUCAAUGAUCUCGGAGUCUCUGCAUUUUAACUUUAUGUUUGUGGUAUAGCAGGAUAUAAGCAAAAUUCAAUAUACAGUGCAUUCGGAAAGUAUUCAGACCCCUUGACUUUUUCCACAUUUUGUUACGUUAAUUUAAUGGAUAAAAAAAAGUAAUCCUCUUCAAUCUACACACAAUACCCCAUAAUGAUAAAGUGAAAGCCCAGACCCUAAGCACGCAGCCAAGACAAUGCAGGAGUGGCUUCGGGACAAGGCAAGGGGUCUGAAUACUUUCCGAAAUCACUGUAAUUCCAAUGCAAGAAAGUCAAAAAUGUUUGCCCCCUUGCAGAUUUCAACUGCCCCCUUAGUCACUUUAUCAUGGUGCCGGGUCUGGGCUUUUGGCCAUAAAGCUGAUUAAUCAAAUUUGCACAGGCCAAUUGUCUGGGAGAAGAAAAAAAAUCCCAUUGUGAAAUAAUGCAUUUUAGCCUAUUAAUUGAUUUAAAUACCAGUCGAUGUAGCAUGAGAGCUGCUACAGCUCGUCAAACAGCUCAUUCGUUGCUACUGGAUGGAGUGAAACAAGGGCUUUUAUAAGGGCAUGUUAAAAACAGUUUUACAUGCCACGAUUAAAAAGAGCUACUAUUUUUAUUUCUCAACUGGUAAUUGAAGCUUGCUUCCCAUUCACCAUUCAAGUGCAUAGGCAACUAGGCAGGCUUCAGCGCAUCACAGACCACUUUGCAAUGAGCUGGAGGCAGUAUGCAUUUUGAAAACAUAUACUUAAUUGUUGGAAACCUGAACCUUUUACUACAUAUUAUGAGGCAUGUCUUACCUUGCUUCAAAGUAUUCUAGCCAUAAUCCAACUAAACAUGCAGGCAAUUAUUUUAUAAAGACUUCCAUAUGCCAUUGAAAUUAGUAGCCUCUCUCAUGUUCUAUUGGUUUUCAAAUAAACGUUAUUUAAUUGUCCAGUAGCCAAAGGCACAAUCCUAGUCAUAUUAGCAACCCAUGCUAGUUGUUGCAUAUGUAGAUCUCCCCUCUUUCUAAAUAUCGAACGGAUAUUUAAAUCUAUGUCUCAUGAAACUGCUCGCAUGUGCGGUGCGCUUUUCUGCUAAUUGUAUUAUGGAAGAAACAUUCACACGUAGUCUACUUCCUUGUGCGCAUUGCUGUGCUUAUAAUGUGAAGAAAUAAUAGUUGAUCAAAAUGUUAAGCUAAAUGUUUUGAUCUGUUGCGUGAGCCGCCCCCUUUAUAAAGUUUUUAGAUGUAGCCUAGGCCUACUGGUUGUAUGCAUUUGGAAUGGAUCGUCCCACAACUGUCCCAGAGUCAGUUUGGAAUAGGAUAUUUCUUUCUCACACAGAACGACAAGUUAACCAAUAGAAUAGGUUCACUUUUCUACUAUGGGGGAUAGUAGAUUGACAAAGGCUAGUGAUUUUGCUGUUUGUUACUCCUCUUGUUAACAUCUUCAAAUUGCGCAUCGGAAUUCAGCAAGAAGGACGCACACUGUUGCAUCCUUCAGUUGCAUGUUCUGGUAGGAUAAAUGACCAUAAUCUACAGUGAGCUCCGAAAGUAUUGGGACAGUGACAUAUUUUUUUAAAUUUCUAAACUGUUCACCCGAAAUGGAUGAAAAUACCCUCAAAUUAGAGUUGACAGUCUGCACUUUAACCUCAUAGUCAUUGUAUCAUUUAAAAUGCUGGAGUACAGAACCAAAACAAUAAAAAAUGUGUCACUGUCCCAAUACUUUUGGAGCUCACUGUAAAUGUGAUUUCUGUCAUACUGAGCACUGUGGGUGGACGUCUUAAUCAGGUUAAGCACCCAAUGCAUAUGGGUCUGGGACAUUUUUUAAAUGGUAAAUUAAAAUUGUCCAAAACGAAAACCAUGACCCAAGGAGAGCAGAGGAUAGAGAGGAGGAGAGAGAGCGAGAGAAAUACUACAGUUGAGUCUGCCUCUCUAUAAAACACUCCCACACACUACCAUCACUCCUCCCUCCAUCCCUCUUCUUUUCGUGUUCUGUUUUGACUCGGGGUCAGCCGAUAGAAGCAGAGAGCCUGAUUGGAGGAGUGUGUGUGUGUGUGUGUGUGUGUGUGUGUUGCUACAAACACAUGGACAGCUAAGUUUAAUCAACACAUUGGGGUGAUAGAUUGGCUGAGCUGGAGCUUGAGGUCAGCUAAUUAAAACAUCCAGGGACAGAGCACUGUCAUUGUGUAUGUGUGUUCGUUUGUGUGUGUGUUUGUUUGUGUGUGUGUGUUUUGGUUUUACUAAUCAAAAGAGAACCAUGGCGCUCUCCCAGAAGCUUGGCUGGGGCAUAAAACCUGUGAAUUCAGACAAACAAAGAGGUGUAAUGGGUUCACACUCAAAAAUGUUGCAUAAAGCAUACUUCAUUAUUAAAUGUUUUUAUUAUUUUUUGGUUUUACUAUCCUUGUGGGGACCAGAAGUCAAAUCAAAUCAAAUCAAAUUUCACUUGUCACAUGUGCCGAAUACAACUGGUGGAGACCUUACCGUGAAAUACUUGCUUACCGAGCCCUUCUCUUAAAAAAUAAAAUAAUAACAAUUAAAAUAAAAUAGUUAGGGUUAGGAGUUAGGGUUAGGGGUUAAGGUUAAGGGUUAUACGAUUUUGAAUGGGAAUCAAUUGUUUGAUCCCCACAAGGAUAGUAAAAUAAACAUUGUGUGUCUUUGUGUGUGUGUGUGUGUGUGUGUGUGUGUGUGUGUGUGUGUGUGUGUGUGUGUGUGUGUGAGUGAAAUGGAUGGGUUAAACUUUGACACACAAACCAGCUCUUGAACCCGUCAUUUUGUGCCCUUUUCCAGUCUCCAAACACACACUUGUCUUUUCCCAGUCCCCCCUUUUGUCCCACAGUCUGAUGUCAAGUGUUCUGUCCCCCCUGGCAUGCCCCCUCCUGUCAGUAGAGUGGUGAAGACUGCAAGCAAGCAGGAGGCAGGAUGCUAAUACAAGUGUCUGCCUCAACAUGAUAAUUGACUGCUUUGUUCUCUGACAGUCCUCCUGUCUCUGGCCUACAGCUGGAGUGUGUGUGUGUGUGUGUGGUGUGUGCGCGUGCGCGUGCGUGUGCGACUGUGUGUGCGUGUGUGAAACUUCCAUUUGCUCAAAUUAAUCAAAAUAGUUGUAAUUAGUCUUCUAAGAUGAGAGGACUGUACACCAAUCCUGCUGUACACCAAUCUAAUCUUCCAUGUGAUAGCUGCUCUCAGACAGACCUGUCAAUCAAACAUCAAUCUCAGGGGAUUCCCUGGAGCUGGGGGAAUCCCCAAAGAACAUCCGGAAAGUUCCCAAUGUUCCAGAUCCCGAAUUAGUCAGCUGUUUCUCUCUGCUGUCUUCCUUCCUUCUCCUCUCCUCUCAUCCUUUCCUCUCAUCCUCUCAUCCGUCCUCAGAACAGAUUGACGAAGAGCGUAGUGUGGAGGGGGAAUUGUGCUUACACAUAAGAGCUAAUUAUCAUCGAGACAAACCCACCACGCCACUCCCCGCUCGCCGCUCUCGUCUCGUCUGGUGGAGAUAGCAGCAGCAGCUAGCAUUGAGUUAGUUAAGUAGUCCCUCUGGGCUUAAGGCAGAGCUGCACGCUGUACCGUACCGUUGUAGAGGAGAGAACAGACAGUCUGCAGAAAUAUCUCUCUAAAGCGUAGGAUUUUCUUUCCAUUCAAUUAGACUAAGUGCAGCUUCAUUUGAAUAAUGCUUAUUACGCAGUCAUUUUUUUGUGGAAGUGAAUGUCCCUUCCAGCAAUUAUCCGAAAAAUGCGUGUGAAUCGCAUUAUUUCACAGCAGGUGUUGUGGUAAGAAGUAAAGACUGAAUUGCACCCUUUGUAGAACCCAGUCAUCAAUGACUGGGAAUAGAAGAACCCUUUUUGGUUUCCAUGUAGAACCCUUAACACAGAGGGUUCUACAUGGAUCCCAAAAGGGUUCUACCUGGAACCAAAAAGUGUUCUCCUAUGGGGACAGCCGAAGAACCCUUUUUUCUAAGAGUGAACUAUCCAGUCUCCAUACGGUAGUGCUGCCAGUGUAGAGAGUAUUCUGUCCCGUGGUCUCUGCUAUAGACUCCAGUGUCUGUUGUCACUUAUAAUGAAUAAGUGUCUCUCACCAUCCCGUCUGUACGUCGCGAUAAGGCCCUCUACCUUCAGCCAAUCAGUCCCAUCACCUCCACGCAAAGAAGGGAAAACAGAAGUGAUGAAAACAGGGAGGGGCUGGGUUGUGGUCUCUGUGCUUCCCGGCAGUGAUGAGGCACAGUGUCGGUAAACGAUCGCCUCUCCCCACAAACACUGAUUAUAAUGAACAUAUCUAGACUCUGGAGUGAAGUGGAUUAUAUACUGCCCCCCCCCUCUCCCCCUCCUCCACUUCCCAGUGUCCCUUGGGACUUGAAGAGAUUUCCGUUAGCUGUGUUUAGGUCAGUGUUGUGGUAUGAAACGCUCCCAUAUCAAUUGCUGCUGUCAGAACAUAAUAUUUUUUAGGUUUAGUUAGUGUUGUGAUAUGAAGUGAUAUUCCAUGGUGAGGUUCAGUUAGUGUUGUGAUAUGAAGUGAUACUCCAUGGUGAGGUUGAGUUAGUGUUGUAAUAUGAAGUGAUAUUCCAUGGUGAGGUUCAGUUAGUGUUGUAAUAUGAAGUGAUAUUCCAUGGUGAGGUUCAGUUAGUGUUGUAAUAUGAAGUGAUAUUCCAUGGUGAGGUUCAGUUAGUGUUGUAAUAUGAAGUGAUAUUCCAUGGUGAGGUUCAGUUAGUGGUGUGAUAUGAAGUGAUACUCCAUGGUGAGGUUCAGUUAGUGUUGUUGCUUCAUGGCUGCCUGUGUGUUCUUUAUUACUGUAGGUCUGUCUGUCUGCAGGUCUCCAGGCACUGUCCAAUCAGAUCGACCAGAUCUCUGUGACCCCUCAGUGGUUUAUCAAUGACUGGGAAUUUACAGGCCUGAUUAAAUCACACCAUGUGACCUUGUCUGCUCUGGACUUUACUAAUACAGUCAGACAUGCAGCAAUUCUGACACAGUUUCUGCAUGAGACACACCUGCUUCUGUGUGUGUGUGUGUGUGUGUGUGUGUUCUCCCUAGUCAGCGGUUUGCCUUAAAAAAUAAACAUGUUUGGUCCAGAUGUUUCAGAUCAUUCUCAAGUGCAGCAAAAUAUAAACGGGUCACUUAAAAAGCUAACACUGUGUAAAUGAAUAUUUUCUCCCUCCCUCCCUCCCUCCCUCCCUCCCUCCCUCCCUCCCUCCCUCCCUCCCUCCCCUCCCUCCCUCCCUCCCUCCCUCCCUCCCUCCCUCCCUCCCUCUAUUUCUUUCUUUCUCUUUCUCUGUCUGUCUGUCUGUCUGUCCCCCCUCCCCUCCCUCCCUCCCUCCCUCCCUCCCUCCCUCCCUCCCUCCCUCCCUCCCUCCCUCCCUCUAUUUCUUUCUUUCUCUUUCUCUGUCUGUCUGUCCCUCCCCUCCUCUCCCUCCCCUCUCUUCUCUCACUUUCUCCCAAUCUCUUUUUCUUUGUCUGUCUCGCCCCCCUUCUCUUUCUCUCCCUCCCCCUCCCUCCCUCCCUCUUUCUCUGCAGGUAGCAUAGUGUACCUAGGGAUGAUGGUGGGGGCGUUCUUCUGGGGGGGUCUUUCAGACAGGGUGGGCCGUAAACAGUGCCUGCUCAUCGCUAUGUCUGUCAACGGCUUCUUCUCCUUCCUCUCCUCCUUCGUCCAGGGGUACGGCAUGUUCCUCUUCUGCCGCAUGUUUUCCGGUUUCGGGUGAGUGGUGUCCAUUCUGUUCUAUUCUAUUUUACUUUAUUCUACUCUACUCUAAUUUACUCUUCUAUACUGUACUAUUCUGCACUCUAUUCUGCACUAUUCUAUUUUAUUCUAUUCUACUCUAUUAUAGUCCUUUAUAAUGUGUCAUGUAUUGUAGAACAUUUCCUUCCUCUAAAACUCUUCUAGAACAUUUCAAAGGUUCCAUUAAGUUUUCUUCCACUAAAAGUCUUCCAUGAUGACAUUGUGUUCUACUUGGUUGAGAGGUAGUGGUUUCUUUGACCAUGCAGUACUCUUCCAGACAGAGCUCUAUUCCCACGGCUCUCUCCCUCUCUCGCUAUUCUCCACUCAUCCAUGGCUGUCUCGCUCUCUCUCCCUCUAGUCUUCACUCCUCCACAGCUGUCUCUUUCCCUCUCUCUCUCCCUCUCUCCCUCUAGUCUCCACUCCUCCAAAGUCAGAGAACAGUACAGGAGGUUAUUCGAGCUGUCUGGCAUCAGCCCUUCCCCUGAGUGGGAGAGAGAAAUUACAGAGAGAAACACAAACAUUAGCUAAACAUUCAUAGCAGACUAAAUGUCCUUAUGUUUCUGUUUUAUGACUGAUUCAAAGUAUGUUUGUAUCAUCACAAGAUGUCACAGACUUUGACAUUGGAAAGAAAACCUUUUCUUUGUCAUGAAUAAAUUACUAGACAAUAGGUAGAAACAGUGAAACAGACUUUGGCAAAAUAGAAUAAGAGGUUCUGCAAAAAUAUUAAUAACCAGAUGUGACUGACAGAAUAUAUGCCCUUAACACUUAGCUAAUACACUCUCUGCACAAUUGAUUACCUGGUGAUUGUUGCACAUGAUUGUUAUACAUAGCCAGACCUGGCUUUCUGGUGCGUUUGCAUUAAUACAAGUCAAUUUAAUUUAAUCUGAGACAGCCUGUUUUGGCACGAGGGGAUUCAUAGAUCACAGGACUGUUUCUAAAGCAAGGCUUCAGUUGGACAGAGCUGUCAAAAUCAAUAUGCAACAACACAAUGGAUUUACACUCAGCUGUGGUAUUAGUGAGUGUGUGUGUAUGUUUGUGUGUGUAUGUGUGUAUGUGUGUGUGUGUGUGUGUGUGUGUGUGUGUGACUCAUAGACGACACCUUAUUGCAGCUCCACUCUCCCAGUCCUACAUAUUGCCAGCACACGCUAUCUAAUACAAUGCCUGUCUUACUUUUAUUUCCAUGUCGAUUUAAAGACUCUUCUCUCCUCAUCUCUUUGAUAGCCACCAGCUGGUGGUUUCCGCUGGCUGUCAGACAAAUUAUAACAUUUGCAUUGAAUUGCUACACUUAGCAUACAUUCCCUUCUCAAUGAGACAGAAAAAGAAAGAAAAAGCAUCAUUCAAGCUUCCUACAGAUGUAGGAUCUAAUUUGAUCAAUGUUUUGUUGAUGAGAAUUUUCUUGCACAGCACGAAAUGCUAACUUGUAGUGAAUUCAAGGCUUCUAAAGUUUGUAAUUUCUACUUAAAAAUGUUAGACUUGAUUUGCCCUAACAUCAAAUGUAUUAGCCCCUACAAAAAAUGCCAUUAGUUUCUCCAGCUGCCCAAAGACCACACAAACACACACACAGUGAUGUUUUGAAAGUGACCCGACUGUGAUGGGUGAUUUGAAGGAGUCAGGUGCAGGAGGGUAAAUCACAGAAUAACAGAAUUUAUUCCGGAAUACAAAGUUACGCAGAGUUACGCAAAACAGGCGCACUGGAUCCAACAAGGCACACAGGGAAAAUAACCCGGCAAUACAAAAUACAAGGAGCUUAACCCGAGCUUCACUCUCCUCACAAUAAACAAUUCAAUUUCAAUUUAAGGGCUUUAUUGGCAUGGGAAACGUGUGUUAACAUUGCCAAAGCAAGUGAAGUAGAUAGUAAACAAAAGUGAAAUAAACAAUCAAUAUUAACAGUAAACAUUACACUCAGAAGUUUCAAAAGAAUAAAGACAUUUCAAAUGUCAUAUUAUGUAUAUAUACAGUGUUGUAACAAUGUGCAAAUAGUUAAAGUACAAAUGGGAAAAUAAAUAAACAUAAAUAUGGGUUGUAUUUACAAUGGUGUUUGUUCUUCACUGGUUGCCCUUUUCUUGUGGCAACAGGUCACAAAUCUUGCAGCUGUGAUGGCACACUGUGGUUUUUCACCCAGUAGAUAAGGGAGUUUAUCAAAAUUGGGUUUGUUUUCAAAUUGUUUGUGGAUCGCUGUAAUCUGAGGGAAAUAUGUGUCUCUAAUAUGGUCAUACAUUUGACAGGAGGUUAGGAAGUGCAGCUCAGUUUCCACCUCAUUUUGUGGGCAGUGUGCACAUAGCCUGUCUUCUCUUGAGAGCCAGGUCUGCCUACGGCGGCCUUUCUCAAUAGCAAGGCUAUGCUCACUGAGUCUGUACAUAGUCAAAGCUUUCCUUAAGUUUGGGUCAGUCACAGUGGUCAGGUAUUCUGCCACUGUGUACUCUCUGUUUAGGGCCAAAUAGCAUUCUAGUUUGCUCUGUUUUUUUGUUUGUUCUUUCCAAUGUGUCAAGUAAUUCUCUUUUUGUUUUCUCAUGAUUUGGUUGGGUCUAAUUGUGUUGUUGUUGUUGUUGUUGUUGUCCUGGGGCUGUGUGGGGUCUGUUUGUGUUUGUGAACAGAGCCCCAGGACCAGCUUACUUAGGGGACUCUUCUCCAAGUUCAUCUCUCUGUAGGUGAUGGCUUUGUUAUGGAAGGUUUGGGAAUCGCUUCCUUUUAAGUGGUUAUAGAAUUUAACGGCUCUUUUCUGGAUUUUGAUAAUUAGCGGGUAUUGGCCUAAUUCUGCUCUGCAUGCAUUAUUUGGUGUUUUACGUUGUACACGGAGGAUGUUUUUGCAGAAUUCUGCAUGCAGCGUCUCAAUUUGGUGUUUGUCCCAUUUUGUGAAUUCUUGGUUGGUGAGCGGACCCCAGACCUCAGAACCAUAAAGGGCAAUGGGUUCUAUAACUGAUUCAAGUAUUUUUUGCCAGAUCCUAAUUGGUAUGUCAAAUUUUAUGUUCCUUUUGAUGGCAUAGAAGGCCCUUCUUGCCUUGUCUCUCAGAUCGUUCACAGCUUUGUGGAAGUUACCUGUGGUGCUGAUGUUUAGGCCGAGGUAUGUAUCGUUUUUUGUGUGCUCUAGGGCAACGGUGUCUAGAUGUAAUUUGUAUUUGUGGUCCUGGCAACUGGACCUUUUUUGGAACACCAUUAUUUUUGUCUUACUGAGAUUUACUGUCAGGGCCCAGGUCUGACAGAAUCUGUGCAGAAGAUCUAAGUGCUGCUGUAGGCCCUCCUUGGUUGGUGACAGAAGCACCAGAUCAUCAGCAAAUAGAAGACAUUUGACUUCAGAUUCUAGUAGGGUGAGGCCGGGUGCUGCAGACUGUUCUAGUGCCCUCGCCAAUUCGUUGAUAUAUAUGUUGAAGAGGGCGGGGCUUAAACUGCAUCCCUGUCUCACCCCACGGCCCUGUGGAAAGAAAUGUGUGUGUUUUUUGCCAAUUUUAACUGCACACUUGUUGUUUGUGUACAUGGAUUUUAUAAUGUCGUAUGUUUUUCCCCCAACCCCACUUUCCAUCAAUUUGUAAACAAUCCCACACAAAGACAAGGGGGCAGAGGGAACACUCAUACAGGUACUGAUGAGGGAUAUUAACCAGGUGUGUGUAAUAAACAAGACAAAACAAAUGGAAUGAUGAGAUGAGGAGCGGCAGUGGCUAGAAGGCCGGUGACGACGAACACCAAAGCCUGCCCGAACCCUGUUUCUCAGUUAAUUGUGUAUAUAUUUCUGACUAGAUUUCCCGUGUCCCCGUGCAGGAUUGGUGGGGCGGUUCCCAUCGUGUUCCCCUACUUUGCGGAGUUCCUGGCGAGGGAGAAGAGAGGAGAGCACCUGAGCUGGCUCUGCAUGUUCUGGAUGAUAGGAGGGAUCUAUGCCUCUGCCAUGGCCUGGCUCAUCAUACCACACUACGGUGAGUGACUGACAGCCCUGUCUUAUCAAGCUGCAGGAUUAUUUGAGUGACACACCUAGGUCACCAAUCAUAACCAUUCUACGGCGGGUGACAACAUUUGUCAUAACAAGUGAUUGAUAUCAGCAGCCUAGGCCUGAACCAGGGAUGGACACGUCUAUUGGAACAGCAACCAAAGGGGGAAAGAAAAGAAAGGGAGAUAGAGAGGGGAUUCGAGAAAGAAAAGGACAAGGGAGAAGGCAGAGAUUAGAAAGAGCGAGACGAGAUAGAAAGAGAGCCUUACUGUUUCCUGUUUUUAUGACUGAUUCAAAGUAAUGUUUGUAUCAUCACAAGAUGUCACAGACUUUGACAUUGGAAAGAAAACCUUUUUUUGUCAUGAAUAAAUUACUAGACAAUAGGUAAACAUUGAAACAGACUUGGCAAAUAAUAAAGAGGUUCCUGCAAAAAUAUUAAUAACCAGAUGUGACUGACAGAAUAUAUGCCCUUAACUCUUAGCUAAUACACUUUCUGCACAAUUGAUUACCUGUUGAUUGUUGCACAUGAUUGUUAUACAUAGCCAGACCUGGCUUUAUGGUGCGUUUGCAUUAUACAAGUCAAUUUAAUUUAAUCUGAGACAAGCCUGUUUUGGCACGAGGGGAUUCAUAGAUCACAGGACUGUUUCUAAAGCAAGGCUUCAGUUGGACAGAGCUGUCAAAAUCAAUCUGCAACAACACAAUGGAUUUACACUCAGCUGUGGUAUUAGUGAGUGUGUGUGUAUGUGUGUGUGUGUGUGUGUGUGUGUGUGUGUGUGUGUGUGUGUGUGUGUGUGUGUGUAUGUGUGUGUGUGUGUGUGACUCAUAGACGACACCUUAUUGCAGCUCCACUCUCCCAGUCCUACAAAUUGCCAGCACACGCUAUCUAUACAAUGCCUGUCUUACUUUUAUAUUUCCAUGUCGAUUUAAAGACUCUUCUCUCCUCAUCUCUUUGAUAGCCACCAGCUGGUGGUUUCCGCUGGCUGUCAGACAAAUUAUAACAUUUGCAUUGAAUUGCUUACACUUAGCAUACAUUCCCUUCUCAUGAGACAGAAAAAGAAAGAAAAAGCAUCAUUCAAGCUUCCUACAGAUGUAGAUCUAAUUUGAUCAAUGUUUGUUGAUGAGAAUUUUCUUGCACAGCAACGAAAUGCUAACUUGUAGUGAAUCAAGGCUUCUAAAGUUUGUAAUUUCUACUUUAAAAUGUUAGACUUGAUUUGCCCUACAAAAAAUGCCAUUAGUUUCUCCAGCUGCCCAAAGACCACACAAACACACACACAGUGAUGUUUUGAAAGUGACCCGACUGUGAUGGGUGAUUUGAAGGGUCCAGGUUGCAGGAGGGUAAAUCACAGAAUAACAGAAUUUAUCCGGAAUACAGAGUUACGCAGAGUUACGCAAAACAGGCGCACUGGAUCCAACAAGGCACACGGGGAAAAUAACCCGGCAAUACAAAAUACAAGGAGCUCAACCCGAGCUUCACUCUCCUCACAAUAAACAAUCCCACACUAAGACAAGGGGGCAGAGGGAACACUCAUACAGGUACUGAUGAGGGAUAUUAACCAGGUGUGUGUAAUAAACAAGACAAAACAAAUGGAAUGAUGAGAUGAGGAGCGGCAGUGGCUAGAAGGCCGGUGACGACGAACACCAAAGCCUGCCCGAAACCCUGUUUCUCAGUUAAUUGUGUAUAUAUUUCUGACUAGAUUUCCCAUGUCCCCGUGCAGGAUUGUGGGCGGUUCCCAUCGUGUUCCCCUACUUUGGGCGGAGUUCCUGGCGAGGGAGAAGAGAGGAGAGCACCUGAGCUGGCUCUGCAUGUUCUGGAUGAUAGGAGGGAUCUAUGCCUCUGCCAUGGCCUGGCUCAUCAUACCACACUACGGUGAGUGACUGACAGCCCUGUCUUAUCACGCUGCAGGAUUAUUUGAGUGACACACCUAGGUCACCAAUCAUAACCAUUCUACGGCGGGUGACAACAUUUGUCAUAACAAGUGAUUGAUAUCAGCAGCCUAGGCCUGAACCAGGGAUGGACACGUCUAUUGGAACAGCAACCAAAGGGGGAAAGAAAAGAAAGGGAGAUAGAGAGGGGAUUCGAGAAAGAAAAGGACAGAGAGGAGAGAAGGCAGAGAGUUAGAAAAGAGAGCGAGAGACGGAUAGGAAUGAUAAAAGGACAAGGAAGGAAAGAAAGUCUGCUACUGUCGUCUGUCUGUCUGUCUGUCUGUCUGUCUGUCUGUCUGCUACUGUCUGUCUGUCUGUCUGUCUGUCUGUCUGUCUGUCUGUCUGUCUGUCUGUCUGUCUGCUACUGUCUACUGUCUGUCUGCUAUUGUCUGCUGUCUGUCUGCUGUCUGUCUGUCUGCUACUGUCUACUGUCUGUCUGUCUGUCUGCUAUUGUUUGCUGUCUGUCUGCUACUGUCUACUGUCUGUCUUGUCUGUCUGCUACUGUCUACUGUCUGUCUGUCUGCUACUGUCUACUGUCUGUCUGUCUGCUACUGUCUACUGUCUGUCUGUCUGUCUGCUACUGUCUACUGUCUGUCUGCUACUGUCUGCUCAGGGGCAUGUUGCUAUCAUCCUGAUCAUCAGGCAUAAUCACGUUUACCCCUGUAGACCUGUAGGCCCAACGGACCAAUGUCUGGACAAGGACAAUAUGCGUGUAGUCUGUGCAGGCAGGUGUUUAAUUAUCAGUGAAGUAAUUGAUUUUCCAUAAAAGACAGUUGAGUGCAGAAGAUAUAAAAGCACUCAUCAUAAAACACAAGGCAUAUCUUCACACAAACACACACACACACACACACACACACACACACACACACACACACACACACCACACACACACACGAGAACGUGUGUGGUAAUAGGUUCCGCCGCAGUGGGCUCUUCAUUGACUGCUGCUGGCCAGAGGCUGAAGGACUCCUCCUCUUCCUGAAAAGCCGCAGUGUGUGUGUGGGUGUGGGUGUGGGUGUCCAUGCGUGCGUGCAUGUGUAUGUGUUCGCAGAAUUAAGUGGAGGGGCGGUCCGUAAAUGUUUUGUGUAAAAAAAGUGUAAUGUGUAUACACCCAUGUGGGUGUGUGAGUGUUUUUAUGCCUCUGUGUGUCUGUGUGUAUAUGUGUAGGUGUUUAUGUCAUGGGCAUUGUGCUGUGACCAAGGACACUGCAGGUGUGUGUGAGUGAAGUGUGACAUCACAUUGUCCUGCGUAGCGCAGCUCCAUAAAUCUAGGUGUGUGUGAGUGAGUCAGUCAGCCAUACCCUCCAGUCCAUUAUAGCUGUAAUCUCCCUAAUGAGAUUUGUACUGGUAGAUUCUAAUGCAGCCCCAUGGGCAUCACAUACACACAAACACACACACGAACAACCCCCAACAGAUUUGGUUUACAAUACUGUGACAUCACUUGAACUCCCCCUCACACCACUGGCAUCUCCCUGACAGACCCCCAUCUCCCACACACACACAUUCAUGACAUCAUUACAAUUUCACUCGACAGCUCUGUGGCUUUCUCCCUCUGCUCUAGGGGCUAUCCCGAAUACCACCCACGCACUGACUCUAAACACACCAACUGUCUGGAUGUUUGUCUUUAUUCAGAUGCUGCUGAGGUGUAUGUAGGCCUAUAUUCCUUUCUGUAAGAAAGGGAAGAAUAUAUACAGAGAAGAAGAGAUGGAGAGAGAAAACAAAGAAUAAGAGAGAGGAGAGAGAGCGAGAGAGAGAGAGAGAGAGAGAGAGAUAGAGAGAGAGAGAGAGAACGAGAGAGUGAGAGAGAGAGAACGAGAGAGUGAGAUAGAGAGAGAGAACGAGAGAGUGAGAGAGAGUGAGAGAUAGAGAGAGAGAACGAGAGAGAGGACUCUCUCCGCUCGCUCUCCCUCUCUCGCUCGCUCUUCUCCUGUCCCUCUCUCGCUCUCUCGCCUUCGCUCGCCUCUCCUUCUCGUCGACUCCCUUGCGCGCGCUCGCUCUCCUGUCUCGCUCCGCUCCCUUCUAUCUAGCGCGCGAGAUCGAUGCACAUCAUAUAUUGUUAGCUCUUGCGUUGCUAUCCUCAGAGAUUGCUGUAUCAAUUAGUCUCACUAAAUGCUUCCAAUAAGAAUUGAACAACACACUUUGUCUUUCUCUCCCCCUCUCUUUCUCUCUCUUACUCUCUCUCCCUCGCUCAUUUCCUUCACCAUAUGGUGUUCUUCUGUCUCUAGAUUCUCAUUACCAUCAUCACGCUGCAUCUCAUGUGGAAAUAGAAGUGUGUGUUUGGAAUAAUUCCCAUAAGAGAGACUAUUAUAAAAUGGGUUGAUGAUUUAAAGGUACUUGGAGGCACUUUAAGAUUUCAGGCCUUCAUACUUUUACUUUUUAUACAAAAAAAAAACGCGUAAUAUUAAACAUCUAAUAUGUAUUGCUGUGAUCCUUUCUCUUGCAUCUGAUUGGUGGUUGUGUGUGUGUGUGCAGGAUGGAGUUUCAGUAUGGGCUCCGCCUACCAGUUCCACAGUUGGAGAGUAUUUGUGGUGGUGUGUGCUCUACCCUGUGUGUGUGCUGUCGUAGCACUCACCUUCAUGCCCGAGAGCCCACGAUUCUUCCUAGAGGUAAGGUGUGUGUGUGUGUGUGUGUGUGUGUGUGUGUGUGUGUGUGUGUGUGUGUGUGAGUGUGUGCAUAACGCCCCAACAGAUCCACAGAUCUCGCAAUCUCAAUUGCACUUCACACUGCCCUCUCCCACCUGGACUAGAAGGUAAAUAACUAUGGGAGAAUGCUGUUCAUAGACUAGAGGUCACACCACAGUCCCCUCCAAGCUCAUAUCCAAGCUGGGGACCCUGGGACUGAACACCUCCCUCUGCAACUGGAUCCUGGACUUUCUGACAGGCCGGCCCCAGGUGGUGAGGUUAGGCAACAACACCUCCGCCACGCUGACCCUCAACACGGGGCCCCUCAGGGGCGUGUGCUUAGUCCCCUCCUGUACUCCCUGUUCACCCAUGACUGCGUAACCGCGCAUGACUCCAGCACCAUCAUCAAGUUUUCUGACGACACGACGGUGGCAGGCCUGAUCACAGACGGCGAUGAGACAGCCUACAGGGAGGAGGUCAUAGACUUAGAAGUGUGGUGCCAGGACAACAACAAGGAGCUGAUCAUGGACUACAUGAGAAAGAGGGGAGAGCACACCCCCAUCCACAUCGACAGGACUGUAGUGGAGCGGGUCGAGAGCUUCACAUUCCUUGGCGUCCACAUCACUAAGGACUUAACAUGGUCGACACACACCCGCACAGUCAUGAAGAGAUCACGACAGCGCCUCUUCCCCCUCAGGUGGCUGAAAAAUUGUCAUGGGCCCUCGGAUCCUCAAAAAGUUCUACAGCUGCACCAAUCGAAAGCAUCUUGACUGGCUGCAUCACCACUUGGUAUUGCAAAUGAACCGCCUUCGACCGCAAAGCGCUACAGAGGGUGGUGUGGAAAGCCCAGUACAUCACUGGGGCCGAGCUCCCUGCCAUCCAGGACCUCUAUAUCAGGCAGUGUCAGAGGAAGGCCCGACAAAUCGCCAAGACUCCAGCCACCCAAGCCAUAGACUGUUCACUCUGCUUCCGUCCGGCAAACGGUACCGGAGCAUUGGCUCUUGGACCAACAGGCUCCGAGACAGCUUCUACCCCCAAGCCAUAAGACUGCUAAAUAGUUAAUUAAAUUGACUAUCUGGACUAUCUGCACUGAUCUUGCACUGAAUCUACACACACACACAGGACUAUAUAUUCACACUAUAUACACACUCACUCACACACACUACACUGACACACUCACACAAAACCCACUCACAUUAUUAUACACUACAUACUGUACACAUGAGGUGACUACAUCAUGAAGCUGGUUGAGAGAAUGCCAAGAGUGUGCAAAGCUGUCAUCAAGGCAAAGGGUGGCUACUUUGAAGAAUCUAAAUCUAAAAUAAAUGUUGAUUUGUUUAACACUUUUUUGGUUACUACAUGAUUCCAUAUGUGUUAUUUCAUAGUUUUGAUGUCUUCAGUAUUAUUCUACAAUGCAGAAAAUAGUAAAAAUAAAGAAAAACUCUUGAAUGAGUAGGUGUGUCCAAACUGGUACUGUAUAUGUCGAGUUUUUAAAUGUUUUCUCUAAAUAAGCUUUGCUUUACAAUUAAAGGUCAAAUACUCUGCAUUUCAAAAAGUCAGCAAAAGUCUAAUUAAUUCAGGGCUUGUGAAGUUAUACCUAGGCUAAAUAUAAGCCUUCCACAACCAUAAGAACCACUAAUAAUUUAAUUAUUUCAUCACAACAUUUUAACCUGCUUCUUUUUUUGCAAUAAUCACUGAUCUGGCUUUCAAGUCUGUCAAUGAAAAUUCCCAUUUGUUUACAAAUUUAACCAGAACCAUGCAUAAUGUACAUUCACUAAUAAUGACCAACUUCUGGUAGUAGGCAUUAUAGAAAAUUAACACAGGUCUCAUAAACAAUCUCUCAAGCACAAGCCCACCUGCUAGUGAGUAGCCAGCUAACCUUUAUAUUUAGUCUAGCCAACUUGGAUCUAUUUGCUAGCUAACAAGGUAGAAAAGUUGAAUUGUUAUGAACACACACUUCUGUCUGUCUCCCAACUGUUUGAACAGAAUGCUAGCCUGUCCACUUUGUUCAGAUGUUGAAAUCAAGUAGCCUACCUUAUUUCUCAGAAUGAGAACAAGUUGCCAAUUCCUUAAAUAAUUGUGUUUUAUGCUUAUUGCACAUUUAUAAAACACAGACUAGACAGCUAGUGUAACUGUCUUUGGCUAAAAUGCUGUUAGCGGUACAUGGUACCGCAAUGCUGCGCGCAACAGAAACUGAGCAUUCAUUUUCCAGAAUCAAUGUUCAUUGAUACACCCGUUUUAGUAGGGUCUGCUCUUCGUGCAAUUUGAGGAGUUGAAACAUAGAAACUGUAUCUUCUAUUAGAAUAAAAUAAUGUCUCAAUGUGUUUCAGUGUCCAUAUGACUGAUUCUGUUGGACCAAACCUCCAAUGAAAAUAGCAAGUUGAAACCUUAUAGCUCAGUGUUUGAAACCGUUUGUUGUCAGAGAGGAAGAAGUGAUCUUUCAUCUUUGUUGCUGUGAGUGGCAGGGGGAGAGGCUUUGUGUGGGGGGGAGGGGCUUGGUGGGUAAAUGGGAAGGUGCACGGUCACAGCAGAAGGAGCGAAGGAGACGAGACCAAAAAGACAACAUGAGAACAAGCUGACAUAAACGCUCAUAAAAACAAAGAAAAGGCAUUUGGUAUAUUGCGCAAAAACAUACAUUCGAAUUCAUUUGAUAUAUCGCUCAGCCCUAAUACACACACACAUACAUAGUACACACACUUUUACACUCAUCAUAUGCUGCUGCUACUCUGUUCUAUAUUUCACUCUUCUUCUUAUUAUCUGUCCUGAUGCCUAGUCACUUUACCCUGCCUUCAUGUACAUAUCUACCUCAAAUACCUUGUACCUCUUUACAUUGAUCUGGUACUGGUACUCCCUGUAUAUAGCUCCAUUCUUGUGUAUUUUAUUUUAUUUCUCAUGUUGCUAUAUAUAUAUAUAUACAUUUUUUAUUUUUAAGGGCUCGUAAGCAAGCAUUUCACAGUAAAGUCUACACCCAUUGUAUUCGGCGCAUGUGACAAAUACAAUUUGAUUUGUGUUUGUAACCCUCCUCUCUGUGUUUAGAUGGGUAAACAUGACGAAGCAUGGAUGGUGCUGAAACAGAUCCACGACACCAACAUGAGGGCCCGCGGAGAACCAGAGAAAGUCUUCACUGUGAGUAUACAGUACCUCUCUCUUUGUCACUCUCUCGCUCUCUUUCUUCCUCUCUCUCUCUUUCCCUCUUUUUCUCUCUCGCUCUCCUUGACAUUCACGCACACACACACACACACACACACACACACACACACACACACACACACACACACACACACACACACACACACACACACACACACACACACACACACACACACACACACACACACACGUAGUGCAUUGACUCUGAGUCUCCCCCUGUAGGUGAACAGGAUAAGCUCCCUAAGCAUCUGGAUGAGUUGGUAGAGAUGCAGUCAGACUCAGCCAACCCAGUUGCCAAAGUCCUCUUCAGGAUCAGGACUGAACUCAGAGGGGUAGGACUGUGGGUUUUAGUGAUGGGUAGGAACAAAAAAACAGAUUAUAUGAAGUCAUUAUGAAUAAUGACUUUUAUUUUGGUAUUUAUCCCUCUCUCUCUCUCUGUCUCUCUCUUUCUGUCUCUCGUCCUUUCUCUCUCUAGAUCUGGUUAACAUUCAUGAGAUGUUUCAACUACCCAGUGAAAGACAACACCAUUAAACUGGCCUUCGUGUGGUUCACACUAUCUUUUGGGUAAGAUUGUUCUCUCCACUCCCCUCUGUUCAGUAAAUUAAUGUGUUGAAGUGUUGCUCUGCUCCCAGCAGGACCUAUCCCAGUUAUUAGUUUCUCCGGAGUCUGUGUGUUCAUAAUGAAGUGACUGACUGACUCUGAGGUAGAGCCAGUGUCUCUCAGAUAGCUCUAUGAUGAAUGCUAACAUGCUAACUAGGAAAGAGACCGCCCAUCUAAAUAAAGCACCCUUAGGAACAUCAAUGCUAAAUCGCAAUACUUUUCAAAUGUAUCCACAACAUAACAAAUCACACAACACAGCUAGAGUCAGAUCCCUGGAAUGUUACCUACUCUAUAUCCUAACAAGAUACUGUUAAGAAUAUUUUUCCUGUGUGCGGUUACUACUGUCUGUCAGUAAUGUCAUAUCCUAUGCAGGUACUAUGGCCUAUCAGUGUGGUUCCCUGAUGUCAUCCAUCACCUGCAGUCUGAUGAGUAUGCCUCUAGAGUGAAGACGCACAACAACGAACGUACAGAAGACUUCACCUUUAACUUCACCCUGGAGAACCAGAUACACACUAACGGAGUGUUCGUCAAUGACAGGUACUGUGUCAAAACGCACGCACACACACCAAUGUAGUCUUCAUCAAUGAUGGGUAUUGUAACCAAAAACUCACUUAAAGAGACUUGAGUUAAACAGGCUCUAUCAAACCCCCAGUUUCUCCAGUUAAAGUAGGCUAUCCCAUUCCAGGAUAGCAGUGUCAUCUGUCAUUCCCUUUCCUUUAUCUACACCGCCUCCAGGAAAUAAAAAAACGUAUCUCUCGCCCUCUCCUUCUCUCUACCGUUCCUUCUCUGUCGGUUUCUCUCUCCCUCUCUCUAACGUUCCUUCUCUGUCUAUCUCUCUCUCCCUCUCCUUCUCUCUCUCCCUCUCCCCUCUCUCACCUCUCUUUCUCUCUCUUCCCCCUCUCUCUCUCUCUCGCUCCUCUCUCACAUCAAUAUGUUGUACUUAUACUAUGCUCCUCCCCUCUACCUCUAACAUAACAACACAACACAACAUACAGUGGGGGAAAAAAGUAUUUAGUCAGCCACCAAUUGUGCAAGUUCUCCCACUUAAAAAGAUGAGAGAGGCCUGUCAUUUUCAUCAUAGGUACAUGUCAACUAUGACAGACAAAAUGAGAAAAAAAAAUCCAGAAAAUCACAUUGUAGGAUUUUUUAUGAAUUUAUUUGCAAAUUAUGGUGGAAAAUAAGUAUUUGGUCAAUAACAAAAGUUUCUCAAUACUUUGUUAUAUACCCCUUGUUGGCAAUGACACAGGUCAAACGUUUUCACAAGGUUUUCACACACUGUUGCUGGUAUUUUGGCCCAUUCCUCCAUGCAGAUCUCCUCUAGAGCAGUGAUGUUUUGGGGCUGUCGCUGGGCAACACGGACUUUCAACUCCCUCCAAAGAUUUUCUAUGGGGUUGAGAUCUGGAGACUGGCUAGGCCACUCCAGGACCUUGAAAUGCUUCUUACGAAGCCACUCCUUCGUUGCCCGGGAGGUGUGUUUGGGAUCAUUGUCAUACUAAAAGACCCAGCCACGUUUCAUCUUCAAUGCCCUUGCUGAUGGAAGGAGGUUUUCACUGAAAAUCUCACGAUACAUGGCCCCAUUCAUUCUUUCCUUUACAUGGAUCAGUCGUCCUGGUCCCUUUGCAGAAAAACAGCCCCAAAGCAUGAAGUUUCCACCCCCAUGCUUCACAGUAGGUAUGGUGUUCUUUGGAUGCAACUCAGCAUUCUUUGUCCUCCAAACACGAUGAGUUGAGUUUUUACCAAAAAGUUAUAUUUUGGUUUCAUCUGACCAUAUGACAUUCUCCCAAACUUCGGACGGGCCUGGACAUGUACUGGCUUAAGCAGGGGGACACGUCUGGCAAUGCAGGAUUUGAGUCCCUGGCGGAGUAGUGUGUUACUGAUGGUAGGCUUUGUUACUUUGGUCCCAGCUCUCUGCAGGUCAUUCACUAGGUCCCCCCGUGUGGUUCUGGGAUUUUUGCUCACCGUUCUUGUGAUCAUUUUGACCCCACGGGGUGAGAUCUUGCGUGGAGCCCCAGAUCGAGGGAGAUUAUCAGUGGUCUUGUAUGUCUUCCAUUUCCUAAUAAUUGCUCCCACAGUUGAUUUCUUCAAACCAAGCUGCUUACCUAUUGCAGAUUCAGUCUUCCCAGCCUGGUGCAGGUCUACAAUUUUGUUUCUGGUGUCCUUUGACAGCUCUUUGGUCUUGACCAUAGUGGAGUUUGGAGUGUGACUGUUUGAGGUUGUGGACAGGUGUCUUUUAUACUGAUAACAAGUUCAAACAGGUGCCAUUAAUACAGGUAACGAGUGGAGGACAGAGGAGCCUCUUAAAAGAAGAAGUUACAGGUCUGUGAGAGCCAGAAAUCUUGCUUGUUUGUAGGUGACCAAAUACUUAUUUUCCACCAUAAUUUGCAAAUAAAUUCAUAAAAAAUCCUACAAUAUGAUUUUCUGGAUUUUUUUUUCUCAAUUUGUCUGUCAUAGUUGACAUGUACCUAUGAUGAAAAUGACAGGCCUCUCUCAUCUUUUUAAGUGGGAGAACUUGCACAAUUGGUGGCUGACUAAAUACUUUUUUUCCCCACUGUACAUACCGGUAUGUUAGAUUAGUUCAGAGGCAGUAUCAUAAUACAGGAGCUGUAGGGGUGGAUAAGAGACAGGCAUGCUGGGACAUACAGUGGGGAGAACAAGUAUUUGAUACACUGCCGAUUUUGUAUGUUUUCCUACUUACAAAGCAUGUAGAGGUCUGUCAUUUUUAUCAUAGGUACACUUCAACUGUGAGAGACGGUAUCUAAAACAAAAAUCCAGAAAAUCACAUUGUAUGAUUUUUAAGUAAAUAAUUUGCAUUUUAUUGCAUGACAUAAGUAUUUGAUCACCUACCAAACAGUAAGAAUUCCGGCUCUCACAGACAUGUUCGUUUUUCUUUAAGAAGCCCUCCUGUUCUCCACUCAUUACCUGUAUUAACUGCACCUGUUUGAACUCGUUACCUGUAUAAAAGACACCUGUCCACACACUCAAUUAAACAGACUCCAACCUCUCCACAAUGGCCAAGACCAGAGAGCUGUGUAAGGACAUCAGGGAUAAAAUUGUAGACCUGCACAAGGCUGGGAUGGGCUACAGGACAAUAGGCAAGCAGCUUGGUGAGAAGGCAACAACUGUUGACGCAAUUACUAGAAAAUGGAAGAAGUUCAAGAUGACGGUCAAUCACCCUCGGUCUGAGGCUUCAUGCAAGAUCUCACCUCGUGGGGCAUCAAUGAUCAUGAGGAAGGUGAGGGAUCAGCCCAGAACUACACGGCAGGAUCUGGUCAAUGACCUGAAGAGAGCUGGGACCACAGUCUCAAAGAAAACCAUUAGUAACACACUACGCCGUCAUGGAUUAAAAUCCUGCAGCGCACGCAAGGUCCCCCUGCUCAAGCCAGCGCAUGUCCAGGCCCGUCUGAAGUUUGCCAAUGACCAUCUGGAUGAUCCAGAGGAGGAAUGGGAGAAGAUUAUGUGGUCUGAUGAGACAAAAAUAGAGCUUUUUGGUCUAAACUCCACUCGCCGUGUUUGGAGGAAGAAGAAGGAUGAGUACAACCCCAAGAACACCAUCCCAACCGUGAAGCAUGGAGGUGGAAACAUCAUUCUUUGGGGAUGCUUUUCUGCAAAGGGGACAGGACGACUGCACCGUAUUGAGGGGAGGAUGGAUGGGGCCAUGUAUCGCGAGAUCUUGGCUAACAACCUCCUUCCCUCAGUAAGAUCAUUGAAGAUGGGUCGUGGCUGGGUCUUCCAGCAUGACAACGACCCGAAACACACAGCCAGGGCAACUAAGGAGUGGCUCCGUAAGAAGCAUCUCAAGGUCCUGGAGUGGCCUAGCCAGUCUCCAGACCUGAACCCAAUAGAAAAUCUUUGGAGGGAGCUGAAACUCCGUAUUGCCAAACGACAGCCCCGAAACCUGAAGGAUCUGGAGAAGGUCUGUAUGGAGGAGUGGGCCAAAAUCCCUGCUGCAGUGUGUGCAAACCUGGUCAAGACCUACAGGAAACGUAUGAUCUCUGUAAUUGCAAACAAAGGUUUCUGUACCAAAUAUUAAGUUCUGCUUUUCUGAUGUAUCAAAUACUUAUGUCAUGCAAUAAAAUGCAAAUUAUUUACUUAAAAAUCAUACAAUGUGAUUUUCUGGAUUUUUGUUUUAGAUUUCGUCUCAAACAGUUGAAGUGUACCUAUGAUAAAAAUGUCAGACCUCUACAUGCUUUGUAAGUAGGAAAACCUGUAAAAUCGGCAGUGUAUCAAAUACUUGUUCUCCCCACUGUAUCAGACACACAAUAUCACAGGAACAUGUUGACGUACUAACCCCUUACACUAGAAACCCCUGGUUAAAAUAGAACGGAAACAAUACAUUAGUGCUGUAAAAAGUGAGAGAUGAACUGCUGUUGUAAAGUGAAGUGCAACUCAACACUGUGUGUGUGUGUUUGUGUGUGUGGGUGUGUGUGUGUACAACAAUACUGGCCUGUGGACUUGCGUUGCGUCUUUGUUUUGUAAAGUGUUUAAUCAGUCGAGUCCAGUACAGUAUAACAUGUUUCCUUAUCUCUAUUGGAUAGAAAGGGCUGAGUCAGCGUACAGGCCAGGCUGUUCUCCCAGCUAGUGGUCUCACACCGCUGGUACUGGACGGGAUAUCAUCAAUCUUUUAUUUGCCUGAUCACUAUCUCAACUCCUCUGCUUUGUGUAGACCAAAAAUAAGUGUUGAUGGUACUAUUUAUUUUUCUUUGCUGUAUUCAUCUUCUUUCUUCUUCUUUUCCUCCUCUCUAGGUUCAUCAGUAUGAAGUUGAAGUCCGUCACCUUCAUAGACUCUACGUUUCAGAACUGUUACUUUGACGACGUGUCAACAGUGGGCUCAUUAUUCAAGAACUGCACCUUCGUAGAAGCCUUCUUUUAUAACACAGGUGAGACCACACACACACACACUCACACAUACACGCAUGCAUGCAUGUAUGCGCCAGGGUUUCCGUUAGCCAGUAAUUACUUUUGUCAUAGCCGAUAAAAUUGAAGCCGGCCAAUCGCUCUCUCUCUGCUCUGUCUCUCUGUCUCUGCUCUCUCUCUCUCCUCCCCCUCGCCCUCCCUCAUUCUCCCCCCUGUCCCUCUCCCUCUCUCUCCCCCGCUCUCUCUCUCCCGCUCCCUCUCUCUCCUCCUCUCUCUCUCGCUCCCCCUCGCUCUCUCUCCUCCUCUCUUUCUCUCUCCCCCUCACUCUCUCUCUGCUCCACCCUUUCUCUCUCUCUCAGACGCCUCAUUCUAUGUAUUGUUCCAGUGACAGGGUGUAGAGGAGAGUGAAGAGUGAGGUUAUGCAAUUGUAUAGCUUUCCUUAACACAAGUGAAUUACAGCUCAACCUCUCUUCCCCUGCAGAAAUUGCCUCUUUGUUCCCUGUUCGCUGUGCUUGACAAAGAAACCGAGCCGCGCGUAUGUCCAUAAGUACCACCUACAAUAGCAUUGCAGUGAUCGUUACACUCUCCUGCAGCAGUUCAAUUCUAUCUGACAGAAGAUCAGGGAUUGAAACACGGUACUCUAAAGUGAAGGGGAGGGAAGGAAAGAUAUCCUUUCUAAUUUGGCUUGGCAUUACACAGACCAAUGCACACUGUAAUAUCCUCUCAAUGUACACUUGAGCACAGUUCUUGGUUAACGUUAUCUUUUGAUACUGUUUAUGACAUCUGUUAUAUCAUUGUUACGACUGUGUUAUGUAGCCCUUAUGAAGGAGGGUUCAGGUGGAGUCCAAUCUAAUUAUAAGAGGUGCUGACUAAUAGUUGAACAAGACGACCCCUCCAGGAAAGGCAGUGUCUCUGAGGGAGUAGUGAAUUAGGGGGACCGCUAACGGUCACAGUGCGGUUCAGCUGACUCAGACCGUGAGGGACCGCAGGUUUAGAAACGGUUCCCCCUCAGCAUUUAGGAAACAGCUGAACAUGAAAACAAUCUGGGCGUGUGAGCUUGGUGGCAAAGCCUCAUGGGAGACGUAGUCUCAUUGCCUCAAGCAGCGACACAAAGAACAAAAGGGGAAGGGGGUGAGGGAGGGAGGGUGGGAAGGUGGAAGGGAGGGAUAGAGAGAGAGAGAGAGAGAGAGAGAGAGAGAGAGAGAGAGUAGAAAGGGAGAGGUAUGAAAAGGGCAUAGUGUUUGCUGCCUCUGCUCUUUCUCUGUGAUGUCGUGUAUUAAUAGCUUUUCCAUCAGGGGAGAGAUAAGUAGUUAUCCCUAAAAGACCUGGGAUAUUUUUGCAGACGGACCAUAUUUCUGACCCCCCAGCCCUCACACCCCCUGUUCUACCUUCCCUUCAUCAAGAGAAGAGACACUAACAAGAGGCAGACUGAAAUCAUGUGUGAACGAUAGGGGACAAAUAUGAGUUAAUAAAGAGUUAAAGGCCCAUGGAAGCCUCAUUAGAUAAUUAGUAUAAACACAGCACAGUGCCCAUUCGGAAAGUUCACCUGCCAGACAAACAGAACAUAAAGGAGUCAAAAUAGUACACUUGUCUCCUUCUCUAUUUCUCUCUGUCUUUCUCUCCAGAUAUUGACGAUUCUAAGCUGGUGGGGUCGAGGGUGAUCAACAGUUCGUUCCACCACAACAAGACGGGCUGUCAGAUGACCUUUGAUGACGACUACAGCGCCUACUGGGUCUACUUCGUCAACUUCCUGGGGACACUCGCCGUGUUGCCCGGCAACAUAGUCUCCGCCCUUCUCAUGGACAAGAUAGGGCGCCUGAGCAUGCUGGGUAGGUUUUUGAAAUUCUACUUCAUACAGAGUAUGUAUUUGAUAUUCAGGCAAACGUUCAAUUAUGUGACUGUCCCCCCUGGGGUUUUACAUACCGGUACCUAUGAAAUGAAAUAAAAAAUGUAUCACCAAAAAGAGUAUGUAUUGGUAAUCUGUUAUCAUUUCUUGUGUUGUGAGCUGAUGUGAUGUGUAAUAGCAUAUUCUUUCCUCCAGGGGGCUCCAUGGUGCUGUCAGGCAUCAGUUGUUUCUUCCUGUGGUUUGGGACCAGUGAGUCUAUGAUGAUCUUCAUGCUGUGUCUCUAUAACGGCCUCAGUAUAUCAGCCUGGAACUCUCUGGACGUAGUUACUGCUGAGCUCUACCCUACUGACAGGAGGUGGGUAGAACACAUGCAGGCAGGCAGGCACGCACGCACACACACACUCUCCCUCCCUGACUCUCUCCUCUGCCCCCCUUUUCUUCUCCAGGGGUACAGGUUUUGGGUUCUGUAAUGCCUUGUGUAAGCUGGCAGCGGUGUUGGGGAACCUGAUCUUUGGUUCUCUGGUUGGCAUCACAAAGGCCAUCCCCAUACUGCUGGCGUCGGCUGUACUGGUGGGAGGAGGCCUGGUGGGACUACGACUGCCUGACACACGCAGCAACGUCUUGAUGUAG